UGGUGGAAAGAAAAGACCCCAAUUUUGGCUCUCAUUAGCAUUUGGGUAAAAUAUUUCUAGAAUUCAUAUUUUGUCUUUGAAAAGCCUGUAGGGAGACAAAAACUAGGUGUUUCAGUAUGGGUUAGUUCAUUGUUUGAUUCUACUUUCAGCCGUAUAUGGGGUCAUACCAAUUAGGCAUGGAAGGAAUUCUAUGGAUUGUGGUUGCAGAGGUUGGUUCAACUGUUUUUACCAUAUAUAUCUGUUCUCUUUAUUAAACUUUGUCAAGAACCUAAAACUGAAAAUCUUUUACCUGCACAAAAAUGUGGAUUUUGGUUAAGAUAUUUCCCAUCAACAUCAAAGGUGCAGCAGGAACCACUUGCAGUUUGAUUGGCCAUUUUAGUUCUUGGAUUGUUUCAUACAACUUCAAUGCCUUGUUUCAAUGGAGUUCAGCAGGGACAUUCUUCAUAUUUUCAGCAAUUUGUGGUGUAAAUGCCAUUUUCAUCGCGAAGGUGGUACCGGAGACUAAGGGACGAGCACUAGAAGAGAUACAGGCAUCCAUUACUAGCUAGUUCCCUGCAGCAGGGAGAACAACUGUGUCAAGUUAUUGACUAAAAUCUGUGCUGAUCAUAAAUUUGCAUCUGGAAAACUUAGCUGCUAGCCUCUUGUUUAUACUUCCUUUUACUUGCAUCAAGUUUCAAAUGUACAGUGGAAGAAAAUGUAUUUGAUUCCAGAAGUUAUAAACAGAAAUCUGUCUGUCCAAAGGUACUAUUUGCUUGCCUGCCUGGUUUUCAUUUUUGCUUAAUCAUGCUCAGAGUGAUUGGUGGGUUGUGACACUUUUUUUUGGUCCAAAUUUGGCCAAUAAUGGAGAA